AUGUCCUCGUAUCCUGCUGCAGAGUCUGACGCAAAGACCAUGUUGCCAACGCCCAGAAAACCCCUGAGCAUCGCCAUCCUCCUCAACUCAUACCGCUCAAAAUUCCUACCUGCUAUCCAGGCAUCAUACACCAAAGCCAUCGGUGCCGUGGCCCCGGAUGCGCGGCUCACAUUUUUUGAGCCCGCCAACCGGCCCGACGACGACCUGCCGGACCCGGCUCUUUUUGACCUCAUCGUCUUUGGCGGUGCUAAUGUGGAUGCGCGCAAGUCACACAUGUGGAUUUUGAGGAUACACCACUUUUUACUUAGGUUGGUGCUGUGCCAUCCAAAUCAGAAGAUAUUAGGAUUAUGUUGGGGACAUCAGACGAUUGCAAGGGUGUUUGGCGGCAAGAUCGCCGACAUGGACGUCCCGGAAAUGGGCGUCAAGGCCGUCGACCUAACCAAGGAGGGCAUUGGCUUCUUCUCAAGUGUUGCCAAAAGCAGUAACACCCUCAUGAUCCAGCAACACCACCGACGAGAAGUCGUCGAACCCGGGCAAGGCUUUUCUGCACUUGCCGAGGGUAACCAGAUUCUCAUGAACCAACAGAGGACCAUUCUGACAUUCCAGGGACACCCAGAAAAGGACGCCCAGACGGCCAGGCUCCGAAUGCACGACUCCCAACGCUGGUUUGGGUUCAGCAGCUCGGAUGAGAAAAACUGGGCCGACCUGGACGCCAGUCUCGAGCUGGAACACCAAGGCGAUGUCAUCUGGGAACGUAUACUUGAAUGGGUCAGAGAGCCUACAGUGGAUGCCGAAAUGCAGAUGGAUCGCGAGCCGCAUCGCGAAUCAAAAAUAUAG